CUUAUCUGUGUCGUUCAUAUCUGGACUCCAUUUCCAAGUUUACAAUAAAUGUUUGGGCUUGACUGGCCCGACCGCACUUUUCUUGGCAAGUCCAAACCCUGGGGCGGCUCUGCCUGGUGGUCCGAGGCGAGGGGGACGGAGCGAGCGCCCGCCCCGGGACGGCGACUUCCCGCGGAGGAAGAGCGCGCCGCCGACAGGACAGAGACGCAAAGCAGCUGGUAAUUCAGGAAAGAAGAAGUGAAAACACCCAACAGCAACACUUUGUACACGGAUGUGCCUGCUUUUGUUGAUACUUUCUUACUGUAAAGCUCUCCAUAAACAGUGAAAAUGUUUGGUAAAUUUAUUGCAAUUUAAAAUUGGUGAGUUCCUUUAUUAAAUUAAUGGCUAUGUUAUUGGAGAUUAUGCAUCGAAUUGGAAUUAGAGGAUGUCUACACACAAGUCAGCGUGGGGGGAAAUGGUUGCAUUUGGUCGGACAAAUGUUGAGUUGUUUGAACAGUUGUAUUCUGCUAGCUAGUUGACUGGAUCCAACCUCUUUCUGAAGCUAACUUUCUGUGUGUGCAGAGACACUGAUGCCACGUCCCAUACAGUUCUCUUUUUGGAAACUGGUUGUGUGGUUUCGACUGCAAAGCAGAACUUAUUUUUGGUUAAUACAUAUGAACAAUCUAAUCCUAUUUUGGAAAAUCAGUCAUAGUUUUUCUGGCAUAGAUAAUUUUCUUGGUAACUCAUUAAUCUGGUAAUUUUGAGUAUGAUAGCCUUUCAUUUAAAAUGUACCCCAUAAUAGCCUUAAUUGAUGUGAAGGUCAUACUUUUAAAUGAUCAGGAUAUGUGUGUGUGUAUUUUCACACAUGAUAUGAAAUGAGUUCCAUAUGCUGGUGGAGUGUGUUUCCAUCUGUCUGAGGGGUUGGCUGGGAGCCAGGCCAGCUCCAAGUCUUGGGAAAAGGUGAUCUCACAGCUGGGAGCAGAGCCACAACCUGGUGGAAAAGAUGUGUACCUCUUGCUGGGGGAGCGGAGGCAGCCGGUGCUCUGCGGGGUGAGUGCCAGCUCAGAGCAGUUAGGAGAGAGAAGCUACAGAAACCACGUGUAAUAUCUGUAUUGUGUACAGAAGUCUACUAAUAGCAGGAAAAAGUAGCCAAAUUUAAGGAUGGAGCAUAGUUUUCAGCUGCAGGCUCUGGAGUGAGGCCUCUCCUCAGCCCCUAGUUGCCCAAAGCCAGAGCUCUCUGUAUCUCUGGUGACCAAGGCCCGUCCCAGCUGGCCCCUGGCUGGGCUGCCCUGCUGCUGCAGAGGCCACAAGAGGGAGGAGGCUUCAGCUCCAUUUCAUGAUGAGAAGUGAGACCUGUCACCAUUCAGAGGGCUGAUCUCCAGAGCUGGCAAACCUGUGCCUGCUGAUGCCUGCUCAGUCACUGCGAAGCUCAGGCCAGUGUCCUCUCCUUGCUAUGUGGAUGCUGCUGGAGGACAAAGAAUCACUCACAGCCAGUUUCCUAGGUUUUCAUCCUCAGGCCUCUUCAGAUAGCGGCCCAUAAUAGGCAUCCCUGAGUGGUAGAGUGAGAGAGGAGGUCCAGCCAGACAGAGGACAUGACCUGAUUGGUCCCUGUUGUCCUCAAGGCCCAGUCCUCUCCUGCCUCAGGACAACCAGCCCAGCAGUCACCAACCUAGGCAAAACUGAUCGCUGGCAGACUGUGAUCGCACUGUGACUUUUAAGAUACUUCCCUCUGUCUGCCUGCAUCCAAUCAGCACGGCAUAGCCAGGGGCCUCCUGCUUCCUAAGCAGAGGCCUCUCAGGUGGCUACAAGGCCAGCCUUCCAGAGCUACACAGCAGGGGCAGCCAGGUGGGUCUCCUGGGGGUGGGCACUUGGUGGCUCCCUACAGAAGGCUGCCAGGCGCUGCCCUGGCAGGAGCAAAUGCAUGGGCAGCACGGGUGCAAAAAGUCAAACCUCCUGUGUGCUUUUUGUUUUCCAAGGUGUUUAGUCUUAAUUGUUUUGUACAGCUUAAAAUGUUAGAUGCCUUAUGAGUCUUUCAAAUUUGUGAUCAAGAUCAGUGACCUCUCUAAAGUGUCAGGCGUUUCUUGGGACAAAACAGAAGGUAGAACAUAGUUGGGGGCAGAGGCCACAGCCAGGAGCAGGUUGCACACCCUCCUGUGCCCUUGGGCACACCCUCCUGUCCCUGCGUGCACACCCACCCUGUCCUGCAUGCACAACCUCCUGUCACUGCGUUCUCACCGUCCUGUCACUGCAUGCACACCCAUCCUGUCCCUGCGUGCACACCCAUCCUGUCCCUGCUUGCACACCCUCCUGUCCCUGCGUGCACACCCACCCCGCCCUGCAUGCACAACCUCCUGUCACUGCAUGCUCACAGACCUGUCACUGCGUUCACAUCCAUCCUGUCCCUGCACGCACAACCUCCUGUCACUGCGUGCUCACCAUCCUGUCACUGCGUGCACACCCUCCUGUCACUGUGUGCUCACACUCCUGUCACUGCAUGCACACCUGUCCUGUCACUGCGUACACACCCAUCCUGUCCCUGUAUGCACACCCUCCUGUCACUGCGUGCUCACCCUUCCUGUCCCUGCAUGCACACCCUCCUGUCACUGUGCGCUAACACUCCUGUCACUGCAUGCACACCCUCCUGUCACUGUGUGCUCACACUUGUCACUGCGUGCACGCCUGUCCUGUCCCUGUGUGCACACCAUCCUGUCACUGCAUGCACACCCUCCUGUCAAUAUGUGCUCACACUCCUGUCCCUGCAUGCACACCCUCCUGUCACUGUGCCUCACACUCCUGUCCCUGCAUGCACACCUGUCCUGUCCCUGCAUGCACACCUGUCCUGUCCCUGCGUGCACACCUUCCUGUCACUGUGCGCUCACACUCCUGUCACUACAUGCACACCCUCCUGUCACUGUGUGCUCACACUUGUCACUGCAUGCACGCCUGUCCUGCCCCCUGUGUGCACACUCUCCUGACACUGCAUGCACACCCUCCUGUCAAUGUGUGCACACCCUCCUGUCACUGCAUACACACCCUCCUGUCAUUGUGCCUCACACUCCUGUCCCUGCAUGCACACCCUCCUGUCACUGUGUGCUCACACUCCUGUCACUGCAUGCACACCUGUCCUGUCCCUGCGUGCACACCCUCCUGUCCCCUUGUCCACUUCCCUGGCCUGGGUAGCAGGAAAAUCCAGGAGUGCACAAAGACCCAGCUGGGGCAAACUGGCCUUUUCCAUGUGACCAGAAAGUUAGAUGAGUUGUUUUAAGAUUGAGUGUCCCUAGUUCCAGGACUAUUCUUAGUUCCACUGUCAUAGGUGUUCAUGUGCUGAUGUGGAAUACCCAGGUUUGAUUUUUUUUUUAAUUUACCGGAGAAAAUAGAAUCCCACAUACUCCUAAACUCAAAUUGCCCCAAAGAUCAAUUCUCAGGGAAAUGAGUGGACCAUCAUGAAGACAUCAGCCUUCCUUCCUAGUUACCACUGACUUACUGGUUACUGCUGUAGCACUGAACGCUGAGGUUAUCCAGCUCACAGCAGCAAUUUCAUGCAUGUUCAUCCUACCUUUUUAAAACUUGAAGUUAAUGAUUGAGAGUGGGUUCUUUGUGCUACUUGCAAAAUAAUGUCAGUUUUCGGACCUCUCUCUCUCUCUCUUUCUUUCUCUCU